AUGCGCAAAAUGGACUGGGACCCAACCCAAUUCUUCCGCACCGAUGCACCCCCUUCCCCAUUUGCCCUCCUCGUCCUCAACCAGCCUAUCAAUGAGAAAGCUUUCAAAGUCCUACGGGAACAUGCAAGCUAUACAAUCUGCGCUGACGGCGGCGCAAACCGCUUCUACGAUCUGAUGCGAAAAAACGGCCUUGAAUCUACCAUUCUCCCUGAUUGUAUAAUCGGCGACCUAGACUCCAUCCACGCCUCCGUCCGCACACACUACGAAGGACUAGGCGUAACGAUAAUCCAAGAUCCAGACCAAUACUCGACAGACUUUACGAAAUCUCUAAAGUAUCUGCGCGCGCAUUCCGCACAGAUCACCAGUGGCCCCUCAAAAGAUAAAACGGGGGGAAGCGAAAACGGGAGACUGGAAAUUCUCAUUUUAGGCGGUCUCGGCGGCCGCGUCGACCAAGCCUUCUCGCAGAUCCACCAUCUCUACCUCAUGACGAAAAGUUACUCAUCGGACGACGCAGCGGGGAAUCUGUAUCUUGUGUCGGAGGAGAGUUUGACAUUUGUCCUGCAGCCGGGGAGGAAUGUCAUCCACACACCCAAAACUAACCGACCUCUUCCCGGGUCAACACAAUCUACUGGUUCUGGUAGCUGUGGCGCCGACGGCGAAGGCGAAAAGCAUCUUCUCGAAGAGAAUGUCGGGAUAAUCCCGAUUUCCGGGCCUGCGCGGCUUACUACGAAAGGAUUCCAGUGGGACGUUGAGGAGUGGGCGACGGAGAUUGGGGGCCAGCUUAGUACGAGUAAUCAUAUACGGGCUGAUGUUGUGGAAGUCACCGCUGAGGUGCCGAUCCUGUUUACGGUGGAGUUGGCGACGAGGUUUAAGAGAGUUCGAUGA